CAAGUCUUCCAGAGACAGAGAAGCAGACAGUCUUCUAGGACAACAGCCAGCAAGAAACCACAGGAAGGAACCAUCUCGUUGUGUGUAAACAUGACCUCCAAGCUGACUGUGGCCCUCUUGGCAGCCUUAGUGCUUUCUGCAGCUCUGUGUGAAGCUGCAGUUCUGUCAAGAAUUGGUACAGAACUCCGAUGCCAAUGCAUAAAAACGCACUCCACACCUUUCCACCCCAAAUAUAUCAAAGAACUGAGAGUGAUUGAGAGUGGACCACACUGUGCAAAUUCGGAAAUCAUUGUAAAGCUUGUCGAUGAACGAGAGCUCUGCCUGGACCCCAAGGAAAAAUGGGUGCAGAAGGUUGUGCAGAUAUUUUUGAAGAGGGCUGAGAAGCAAGAUUCAUAA